AUGGAGAUGCGCUCCCUAGCCCGUUGCCUGCGGACAAGGCCGACAUGUCUCCUCUCCACGACACAGCCCUCGUCCAUUCUAUGUGGUCAAUUCCUCACGGGACAGAUCUCCCUCCGAUUCUCCUCCACAGACAACAACUCUCCAUCCAAACCCCCCCGGAGAACUAAAUUCCCUCCUCGCGGCACCGCCGCCUCCGUCGCCUCUCCCCAACAACACGUCUCCCAGACCUCCGGAUCAUCCGACUUCGACCAGAUCCUCGACAAACUCAACAUCAACAACAGCAGUGGAGGUAGCAGCAAUCAGGACUCAUCCACCCCCAAACAGCAGCAAUCCGGCCCGGUCCCCGAUAGUCUCUCCCUGUCUCGCGCGGUAGGCAUGUCCGCGGAAACGGACAGCUACCGAUUAACGUUGAGCCGGCCGGAAUUGAAACUGGGUCCUACGCUGGGUCGUCAGGUACUCGUGGAACCGGAAAAGGGGAUAGAUUUGGCGUCGUCGUUGCGCAUACUGAACUCGACGUGUUCGACGAACCGCGUGAAGCAGCAGUCUAUUCAGCAGAAGUUCCACGUGAGACGUGGUCAGGUGCGGAAGAAUCUGAGGAUGCAGCGCUGGAGAAAGUUGUUUAAGUAUUCGUUUAAGCAGACUGUGAGUCGGAUCCAGAGGAUGAGAGCUCAGGGGUGGUGA